CAACCUUUCACCACGCAUUGCAAGUCAUCACAGCAGUCGCAGCAGCGCAGUGUGUACACAAGCGCUGUCGUCUAUCUGCAGUGCGCGCCGGAUGCACCACCGGUUUGGUAGAGGUGUGGCAUUCCUGGUGGCUUUUGCAGCCUCCCGGAACGUAGCCACAUACGCUCUGAGGACCAUGUUGCGACCACGAACUAUUUGCAACCUUUAUCGCUGCCAGGUUAUACAGAAUACCUUGUACCACUGAUAUAGCAGAUGAUGAGGUUGGGUAUUGGUAUCCCACCGCGGUGGUCAAGCCACCCACCGAGAAAUGACUGGAAUGCACAAUUUGUUUUCUUUUCCGCAUUGCUCUUCGGUUUGCCCAGAACGUUCCGCUACUACCACGCGUCUCCCCUUCAGUCUCACUGUGUGUUAACGGCUACGCUCUACUUCGGUGCGCCGUCGCAAUCAUGGCGCGCAUUCCGCUCGUCAUUUCUGCGUUAUUUACCACUGUGAUACUUCCGAUCGUGGCUGUAGCCCAGAUCACGACUACUACGACAACUCCGGACUACGCUUGCCCUGCAGUGAACGGGCAGACAGUUGUCGAUCCGAGUGGAGUCUCGUACAUAAUACAAUGCAGCGGGGACACAUCCAUCGGCAACUAUGGGGUGGCUUCGACCAUGAAUGGAUUUGACGACUGCUUCUAUAAUUGCUCGAACCAGCUGGGUGACGCCUCUGCCCAACCAUGCUACUCUUUCACCUUCUGGAGUCCUUUCUUCACCAACGGCGUCGGGCAAGGUACUUGUUUCUAUCAGCACCAACCCGGGGGCUCUACGACAUUCGUCAGAAGCGACAACUACCAUGUCGCCGCUAUUCAGGUGGCCCAAUACGGUGGCGGAGCUUUCUCACUCGACACGACAUCUACGUCGACCUCUUCCACAUCAGCCACAGUCGACCCGAUGCCUACAACGGCGAGCACGACUUCAGAAAGUGUUCCUAGCUACCCACAAGGUGGCACUUCUAGUUCCAGCAGCUCUACAACAACGGACAGCAGCUCUACAACAACGGAUAGCAGCUCUAUAACAACGGAUAGCAGCUCUAUAACAACGGAUAGCAGCUCUAUAACAACGGAUAGCAGCUCUACAACAACGGACAGCAGCUCUAUAACAACGGAUAGCAGGUCUAUAACAACGGACAGCAGCUCUAUAACAAUGGAUAGCAGGUCUAUAACAACGGACAGCAGCUCUACAACAACGGAUAGCAGCUCUAUAACAACGGAUAGCAGCUCUAUAACAACGGGCAGCAGCUCUACAACAACGGACAGCAGCUCUAUAACAACGGGCAGCAGCUCUACAACAACGGACAGCAGCUCUAUAACAACGGAUAGCAGCUUUAUAAUGACGGACAGCAGCUCUAUAACAACGGAUAGCAGCUCUAUAACAACGGAUAGCAGCUCUAUAACAACGGACAGCAGCUCUAUAACAACGGAUAGCAGCUCUAUAACAACGGACAGCAGCUCUAUAACAACGGAUAGCAGCUCUAUAACGACAGAUAGCAGCUCUACAACAAUGGAGCCGCCAGCAUAUACUCCAUCUACCUCUGGCGGACUAGCCGAUAACAACAUACCGACAGUAGUGUUGUUGUCUACCUCAAGCAUGCAAUCAGGAUCUUCCUCGAGCUCGUCCGCAAUAACCAUUCCAACAGUCGGACCAUAUGCUUGCCCUUCGAAUGACGGGCAGACCGUUGUCGACUCCAACGGCCAGUCGUACGUCCUCCGCUGCGGUUGCGAUACCUCCAAUGGCGACUAUCAUCAGUUUAGUGCGGAAAGCUUCAAUGACUGCUUUUUAGGGUGCGACGACACUACACUAGGUCCAUGCUAUGGAUGGACCUUUCUGUAUACACUCAAAACGUCAGGAGCCGGAACGUGCUUUCUCAAGAACUUCGCAACGGAAAGCUUCAUCGGGUGUAAUGAAGCAAGUAAGGUUGCGGGCAUUCGGCCUGCCAAUCUAGUAACGGUAACGUCAUCCUCAUUAUCAGUGGCGAGUAAGACGCUAUCCGUGGUGUCGUCACCAACUGCGAGCAUUCAGUGCCCGGGUGGCUCCGACAACAUGCCAUAUACCGACUCCUAUGGCAUCGAGUACAUCAUCUUCUGCGACUCUGACACGCAACCGCCGUCCGACGGUCCGGGUGUUCAGACCCCGGACUUCCCAUCCUGUAUCAAUAUGUGUGCAACCCAGGGUCAGACUUGCGUCGCUGUCACAUGGAACAACGGCAUGUGCUACUUCAAGGAGUCUUUCAGCAACACCGUCUCAUCUUCCGGCAUUGACUCGGCCGUUCUGCAAUCAGUAUUGCCACCCAAUGACGCAUACGGCGAUGGCGCGUCGGGCAGCAGCAGCAGCAGCAGCAUGUCUUCGACAGUCAUUGCAUCGACAGCGGCAUCAACCGGGUCGAGCUCUUCAGUGAUGUCACCGCCAAUGGGGAGCAGCACAUCAACCACGUCGGUCGGUCCAUCUCCAUACGCUUCCCAGAGCAGCACCUUUACUAGCUCCACCACCGCAAGCUCGCCAAUGGCGCCGAACAAUCCGCCAACCACUCCUGGACUCUACACAACACCAAGCGUACCUACUGCAAGUUUCUCGUCGAGCUCAUCAAUGCUGCCGAAUAACUUGUCGACGCCUCCUGGACAGUAUACUUCACCAAGCGUACCCACCACGAGUUCGACAUUGAGCUCGCCGAUAGCGCCAGCAAACUCGCCAACCAGUCCACAGUACACUGCACCAAGCAUACCGACUAUGAGUUCCUCGUCAAGCUCUCCAAUGCUUCCUAACAAUCCAGCGACCAGUCCGGGACAGUACACGUCACCGAGCGUACCCACUUCGACUACGUUUUCAAGCCCUCCGAUGUUGCCUAGCAUUUCUCCAACCAGUCCUGGACAAUAUACGCCACCAGAUGUGGUCCCGACAUUAAGCUCGCCAGUGGAGAUAAGUACUUCUCCGGCGAACUCAGGACUGUACACUCCUCCAAGCGUGCCCAUAUCUUCUAGCUCACCCAACAACCCAGACCAAUAUGCACCACCCGUCGAAUCUUAUUACACCACCAGCUCGCUCUUGUCCACCUCUCAGCUUCCAGCCUGCGGUGCAUCUGCAACCGGAACCGCCACAGCUGCUGGCAGCAACAACACCUGCGCAGACGCCUUCGGCAACACUUUCAACGUCACUACUAAUACGAUCUACGCUGGCCACAUUCAAAUCCGCGCCGCGAAAGCCAACCUUGGGAGCUGUCUCACCUUCUGCGACACCACACCCGGUUGUAGGGCUGCCAACUACAACCCCACCACGUCACAGUGCGAACUGCUCGACACCGUCACCGGUACUACGACGGUGACGGGCACCGGUCCGCCUGUGCAAGCUGCGACGCGACCCGUGGACGUCGCUACCGUGUACACAGCGCCGCCCAGUGUUGCUGCGAUGACUACAACGAGCUCCAGCUCUGGUUUCUAUGGCAUUAACACACCUGGUCCGGCCUAUACAGGCGACCUGAACGGAGUUAGUCCCAUACCAUCGAGUAGCAACACACCGGCUAGUGACGCAACGAUGAACGGAGGCGGUUACGUGCCGCCGAAUGCGAGCCUGAGCGGACCUUCCCUCUACAGCACUACUCCAACGCCCACGUCAAAUGGUGGUGAUUCUAAUGUUCCCACGUAUCCGAGCGGCAGCCAGGGUACAAACUCCGUCUCACUGGUCAACAGCGUCACACCUGCGAGCGGAGGCGGCAACACAGGCAGCAUGCCAGGAAAGUACACCACAACGAACGGCGUGUCAGGAUACGAACAAUCCUCCGCUUCCUCGAGCAGCAGCGGUGGAGGACCGUCCUUCAUAACUAAUUACGGCCCCGGUCCCGCAACAGGAGGAGUAGGCGGCGUGAGUGGCUACAAUAGUGGCGGCGGCGGUAGCGCAAGCUCAUCCUCCAGCUUUCAAGGGACAAGGACCGGCGCCACAAUCGUCAGCUACAGCCUGAACGGAUCAUCCGCUACCGGCAGCUCUUCUACGCCCACCGCAGCCGUCUCGGAGGGUCCACCAUGUCCUGCCUACAAUGGCGGCAGCUAUACGGACGAGAACUACGCGACAUACUCUGUGUCCUGCAAUGAAUCCUACACCGGCACGACAUACGCUUCCUACAGCUCAAAACAUAAACGCCAAAUCUCUGUUGAACACGACGCCGACAAUUUCGCACAGGCUUGUAUGGCGCGCUGUGAUGCCGUAGAAGCCUGCGUCGCUAUCUCCAGCACGAGCACAGCCUGCACAUUGUUCAGCAGCGUUACCGGUCUGGCUACUGAGGAUGGAAGCGUAGCGGCAUUGAAGGUGACUGCACCUUCAGGAGCAUACGGAGGAGGAGAGGUGGUCACGGUCACGAUUUCGUCUUGUCCGACGCAACGGACGAGCACGCUGACAACGACGGCGACGCUGACGCAGACGUGUCCGGCGAGUGGGUGUGAGAUAGUGGGGAUGGGACGAUUGGAUGGGGAGGAGGUUAUUGGUUUUGAGCCAAUGUGAUAGUACGCGUAAUGUUUGGCAUCUCGUAAUAGUGAUGUUGUUUCUGGUAAGAUGCGGGCUGUGGCAUGGUAGUUGCAUGGGUGGGGUAACGAGUGGGUAGUAGGUAGUUUGCUGAAUCAGUUGUAAUGCAAGCUCGAAAACGCUGCUCAACACAUGUAGUCACGUCAUUGCCCUAGAUUGUGCUCAGAA